GCGCGAGGAGAGCGCUUCCGGCCUCGUUCCUUCCGGCAGGGCUGAAGCUGAGCUGCCUCUCCUCGCCUCGGGUGUCGCGAGAAGGACGUCGCCGCGUCUUGUCCCGUCCUCUUCCUGCCUCUCUCCUUCCUCACCGAGAGCGUGAGAAGAAGCCUCCGCCGCGUUUCUCCUGGGUUGAGUUGGGCCUGCUUUUGGUACCGCCGCCUCCGACGACGCCAUGCCGAAGAAUAAAGGUAAGGGAGGUAAAAACAGAAGGCGAGGUAAGAAUGAAAAUGAAUCAGAAAAAAGAGAACUGGUGUUCAAAGAAGAUGGACAAGAGUAUGCUCAAGUUAUCAAAAUGCUGGGGAAUGGUAGACUGGAAGCAUUAUGUUUUGAUGGUGUAAAGAGGUUAUGCCAUAUCAGAGGAAAACUGAGGAAAAAGGUUUGGAUAAAUACAUCAGAUAUCAUAUUGGUGGGUUUGAGAGAUUACCAGGAUAACAAGGCUGAUGUAAUUCUAAAGUACAAUGCAGAUGAAGCCAGAAGUCUGAAGGCAUAUGGAGAACUCCCUGAACAUGCCAAAAUUAAUGAAACUGAUACAUUUGGGCCUGGAGAUGAUGACGAAAUCCAGUUUGAUGACAUUGGGGAUGAUGAUGAAGACAUUGAUGAUAUCUAAAUGGAGCAGAGGUAUACAUUCCAACUUUGCACCUCAAGAUUUUUUUUCAAAUCUCUAUCUUUAAGAAGACUGAAACGGCACAUUUGUAGUAACUAAAAACAAAUUUCUGCCCAUUCUUUUAAGUAUUUAUAUUUCUGUAAAAAACAGAUAAUGUUUGAUUCACAAAAGUUAAAUGAAAUAUUACAACUAUUUUUCUCUCUUUUCCAUAGACUUUUGCAUCUGUAUGUAAAUACACUAUAAAUCCCCUCAUUUGCUUCAUCUGCUUUUACCACUCAAGUUCACUAAACCUGCUUUUUGAAAGAAAAAAAUGUCCUUAUCAUGGAUUUGAUUAAAUACCAACUCAGGUUUAGUGUCCAACCUGCUAGUGCUGUGUCUUUUCUGUAGUGUCCUUUAAAGUCAGCUUGUAAGAUUUUCAUAACAAAAAGGACAUAAGUCUUCAUUAAAAUCCAUCAUAGCUGAAUCUGCUUUUUAAAGUUUUAGUUGCCUGUUAUUUUUGUACUGCUUUUGAUAAUAAAUUUCCUCUCUUUCACAGAUGAGCUUGCCAUAGUGGAGAAAAAUAAAUUCUAAAAAAAUUA